AUGCAUUCUAUCGCUGUUGGAUUGGCCAUUUGUUUUCUGCUUGGAUAUGAACUGACUGCCGUCAUAAGCAGUAAAAGUUACAGCAGCUUACAUCAGUCCAGACUAAUCAGACAUGCACGUGACAUUCGAAAUCGAACAAAAUCGAAAGAGGAGCCCGGUUCCAACGAGCAGAAAUGUAAUUACACCGUUGCCCUGCUGGACUUUCCACCAUAUGUGAUGAACAAAACAAAAAUCUCGGAGAGAGGAUUUAUGUACGACCGAAUAGUUUGGUUUAUAAGUACUGCAUGCUUCGACACGGGACCUGAGGAACAAUUACCGUGCAAUUUGCAGGCCACGUUUGUUAAGAACACCGACGAGUUAGUUGAUUUAGUUAAAAGCAACAAGGUGGAUUUUGCUUUUCCCAUUUUUUCUGAGGCUAAGGAAGCUCUUGAUGGCAUCGAAAACGUAACAAUUAUUCGGGCGUUUGCGUCACAGGGCUGCUCAUUGAUUGUGAACACAAAACAGUGCGAGGCGGAAUCACGUACUCAGUUAUUGACUUCUAUUACCUCACAGUGGCCAAUACUGGCUUGUAUUAUACUGCUUUCUGGCAUUUCAGGAGUAGUUAUUUGGUUGUUGGUAAGCUAAUCAUUACCUGUUUAAUUUUAUCCUCUACAUCUCCAGGCCUUUGGGCGCAAACCAUUUCUUCUUUCUUCUCAUCCUCAUCAAGGUCCUGGGAAUGAAAUACAGAGAAAUACGCUGGUGAAUUUUGCCCUAGCCAUGAUGUUGAUGGGGAUUGAAGUUCUUAGAUAGUAUUUUGUUGACUGGCCUCUUAAUGCUAAAUUUUCUUCAGAAUGCCCACUACCCAGCAAAAACAUUAUUCCAAAAGAAUUUCUAACCGAAAGAAAAUAGUAAAAAAACAAAUCGUUCCGCAUCUUAUGUCUCCAGAAGUAAACUCUAUUUAUUAUUGACAGAGAUGUCGCAUAUGCCUCGGGCUAAUAUUAAAAUGCAUUUCUUGGUUGGCAACAGGAACACAGAACAAACAAAACGUUUUCAACCGCAUUUACAGAAGGCUCUCCUGAGGGAUUCUGGUGGGCAGUGGUGUCACUCACAACAGUUGGGUAAGUUCUAUCAUUAAAACUGAGCAGGACCCCCCUAAGAAAGUAAUAUAUAGACUUAGCCAAAUGAGCCAGGGCUUGAAGCGAAGCGUCCAUUUAUAUCCUUUAAAAUAAAAAAGAGAAAAUUAUCAAUCAAAUUCGAUCACAGUAAUAGUCUUGGAAAGAAUUCUUACCCCUGAAUGGGUUCAAUUGUCGGCAAUUAGUCUCUCGGCAAACAAUUUUCUAAAUAAUGCAUACGUUUUCACGCAUGAAUUCAGCUGUCAAAGUUUUGACCAAGGUAGGGGGGGAGAAGAGGUUGUUCCUGGAGUGUGACCAAAAGCGUGACCAAGCAAUAAUUAAAGCCUUAAAAAUUUAUUUCCGAUGGUAGCCCCUAAAAUGGUUAAUUUUGUUCCAAAAUGAGACGCAACGUACACGUCUGGGACUUCCCUCCCUAUCCGGGUCGACUGAGGUUUUUACCCCUACCCCCAGAGUUGUACGGACGGACGGACAACGGGAGUAAGCUGACGUCAUAACCAAAUUUUCUGGCGUCGAUAGGUUUCCAUUUUCUAUAAGUAUGGGGCUUCGCGCGCGCGGACGCUCCGCUAUUAUUAUAAAAGUACGUAGAAAGUGUAUCAUAAACUCUUUUUAUCAGUGUCAUUAUUUUUACUGUGACGGACGUAACAAACAGUUUUUUUAAUUGUUGUAUUAAAUAUAAUUUCCACCACUUGGACUUAGCCAAAACCUCUGUCAAUUGUAGUGCUAAUGCUCUUUUUUUUAAAAGAAAUCAUUUUAUUUUCCCACGUCAAGGAAAACGCUAUUUGAGGGUUAGAGAAUUUGUUACACUAAUUUUUAAAAUUUAUUACUCACAUUGCAGCAACGAUUAUCAUAUUAAAUAACAAUAUAGUUGUAAAGUUUUUUUACGUGACAGAUGUAUAUGAAAUAAAUCAUAUAAGAUUUUUCAAUCACAUUCAUCUUUUUCACGGGAACAUAUGAACACAUAAUUGACCAGCUCCCAACAUCAGUGGCUUCAUAGCUCAGUUGGUUAGAGCACCAGUACCGUGAGGUCACGGGUCCAAAUCUCGUUGAAGUCCCGCAUUUUUUUCAGGCUUCUUACGCAAUUGCAUAAAUUGCGUGCACAACUACGAGGACCAUUCUUCAUUUGAUUUCUUCAUUUGAAAGCUUUUUUAGUUGUAAAGUUGCCUCUCUUCACAACUUUGAGAAUUUAUGAAGCCAAGUGAAAACAAUAUCACAUUAUAUUAAGGCAGGCCUGAAAGCGGAGCUCCAAUUGCAAACUAGAGCACUUUAAAAAACCAACAAUACGUUGAUAAAAAGCUAAAAGAUUAGAGGUUUAGGUUUUUUCCAAAUUUUCUUACUCGUGGUGCUUAAAAAGCCUCUUAUAAAGGCUUAAGAUAGACCGACCGCUAUAUCAAACUAACGGUAUGAGGAUGUUGGAAAGUGUUGUUGUGUUGUUGUUGUUGUUGGAAACUAGUCAAGUCAAGUCAAUUUUUAUUUAAACUCACACAAGAAUAGUAAUUAAUACAAAUUAGUGCUGUAAAAUCUUAAAAACUGUUACGCUUUAAAUGAAACGAGGAGGGCUGUUAAGAUUACUUCUAUAAGAGAGGAUUCAUUUUUUGCCUUACUUUCUAUUGCAAGGUAUUUUAUAACAGGGCGAAUUAUAACUCUUCAAAUUUUCAAUUUUUUUCCUGCAGCUACGGUGACAAAACGCCAAAGACCUUUCCCGGCCGUUUGUUUGGAGUUGUGUGGAUUCUUGUAGGAGCAAUUAUGCUGUCUCUCUUCACUGCUUUAUUUACAAACGCCAUGCAGGCUGCCCUAGAUGGAACAAAAUGCCAAGAUAUUGCCUCCAAUGAGGUGGGGGUCUAAAGCCAAAAUAGAUUCCUGACUUAAACGGUUUUCGCACUAAUCUUGUCAGAAAAUUUACAGGGUUGGUACAGAUUUCUGGAUCCAAAAUUCAACGCUUUUUCUAGACUUUUUUUCCAAAACAAUAAUUACUUUUUCCAGACUUACGGUUGUCAAAUAGAGACCUUCAAAACGCAGAAACAAAGCUUUUUUCAUGAUGCUCUGUAAACGAGCCGGCGAAACGAAAACAUUUCACUUAUAAGGCACUUAUUGUAGCUUGGUUAAAAAAAAAAACUCAAGACUUUCUACCAUUUUUCCAGACUUUUUCCAGGUCUGGAAAAUUGCUGGGCAAAUUUCAAGAACUUUUUCCAGAAUUCAAGACUCAGUACGAACCCUGAUUUACCAUAAGGUAUAAGUGCAGCAGCGUAGCCGAGCGGUUGGGCGCUAGACUUGGAAUUCGCGAGGAGGCCUCGAGUUCAAGACCCGCCCUGACCGCUAGCUAGAUUUGUUUCUCGUUAGUCCCCUGUUCCAAUCCCCUGUUCCAAUCCACGACCACGCUUCUUGAAACAGCCAAUUCGCCUGUCGCUUCCCUUGUUUUUUUUUUUAUUUGAUUUUUUGCUCGGCCACUCUAACCUUUCCACUAAUAAUUGAAAUCUGGCACCUGAGUGAAUUUUUAGCUCCAAUUUAUUUGGCUGAACUACCCCUAAGAUUGUUAGAGGCCAACGACUGUAGGAGCUAGAAUGAAUAAACUUACCAGCAUUUUUUUAAAUACGUUUUAAUAACAUGGAGCUAGUAUGGUACGUACCACUCUAAUCUUUCGCUAUCGGUUCAAAACUAUUAAAGUCGAUGCAACACUUACGCCAAUCGCUUGUCAAUGGAUGAUGCUCAUAUCAAUGAAUUGAUUAGUUUUAAUCAGAGAAUAUGUAUGUUAUUGUAGGUGGGAGUUUCCAUCAAGGAAACCGAAACACAAGUGGUAGCAAAGGAAUUUGAGGCAAAUAUUGUCAGUGAGUACCGAGUGUAAUCUAAUCGUUGCCUGAGUAAUUGCCUAAUAAUUGCAAAUGCUGGGCUAGACUUUUCAAGCACGUCCUAACCGUUUCCUUUUGUAAAAGAAACAGAAAAAAUGCAUGAAAGGCAUAGGCGUUUUGGUCAACUAACAAUAAACUAGACAGUACUGCCAUUCUGAAAACGCUUAAGUUCCCUCUCUUUACAACUUCGAGAAUUUAUGGGGCCAAGUGAAAACAACAUCACAUUAUAUUAAGGCAAACCCAAAAGGGAAGCUCCCAUUGAAAACUAGACAAUGAAAAUAGGAAAUUUCAUAUAUUAACCUAUAUUUACUACACAAACUCUAUUUUCUUUUAAAUUUUACUCAGGUUAAAGGGGUCCUUACCCAUCGCCUGUUAUUCUAGGAGACGCGGUUGAAGACGACGAGUUAGAAAACUUAAUACAAUAAAUUUUACUUACGCAUGUAGGAUAAAUUGCAAUGCUUUCUUCUAUUUUCCCGUAAAUAGUAUGAAAAAACAUGCUUUGGAUAGCAUGCAAAAUUACGUAAAAACAUGAACCAUACAAGAAAACCUAGUGUAAAUAGAGUUCAAAGUUCAAAGACAGUGAUAUAACUACAAUAUAUUAACUUACAGCAAACUAUUCAAUUUAUAGAGUUUGACAACCUGGAACAAAUGCAAAGGAAUUUGAGUAGUGGAGAUAUUGGCAGAGUACUUGUGGAUCGAAACACGGCGUUUCACUUCUUGGAUAAAUCAGGGUUGAAAAGGAACAGGCAAAUACGCCUAAUUCGAAACAUUGAUUAUCCCAUGGAUUACUUCCUAGCUUUUACAAAAAGAGACAGCUCACCCCUUGAAAUUGCAGGAUGUGGGCCUACUUUGAAAGAGUUAACGGGAGAUUUAGUGUCGGUUGCCAAAUCAACAGCUCAAGAACGACUCAUACCCGCCCAGCUACAGGUGAUUUACUUUUUGUCAUUAUUAUUACUAUUAUUCGCCUUUUUUUCAGUUGAAACUAAUCAGGUCGAUAUUGACUAGGCCUUUGUACAUUAUUGUUUCUCCACUAAAAUGCUCGGUCGCUCCCACAAAAGUUACUAACAUGCUCGAUAACGCUCAUCAUACAGAGUCUUUCUUUACAGUUUUAAAGCAGCACAGAAUGAUCAUCUACACGGCUAUGUUAAGGCGAAAUUUGAAUAUGUUCAAAAAGUGCUAGCAUAAUGUGUGUGCAGUUGAACCUCUCUACAACGGCCACCUUGGGGACAGAAGAAAGUGGCCUUUGUAGAGAGGUUGAAACAAGAGUGAAUAUAUGGACUGUCGGCCAAAAAAUGUGGCCGUUGUAGAGAUGUGGCCGUUAAAGGCGGUUCGAAUGUAUUUGCUUAGUGUCUGGAGCUCUUUGUCCUACAAACAGACACUUUAUUUGUCUGUUUUUCUCUUUCUUUGUCUACAUUAUACGCGAAAAGUAAGUAUUUUUUUUCUUGAUUUUCUUCAGACUGCAAGUUUGUCAAACGAAAUGGAGGGCUUGUUCUCUACUGGCUCACAAAUGACCACAUUUAUGUUGUUUUGUCUUUUGGGAAUAUUCGGAGCCCUGGUAUGUUUGGGUAUCCUGUGGGAAGUCUACACUAGGUGCAACGUUAUGGUGACGAAACGAAAAGGUAAACAUUACUUUUUGUUAUACGGUAGUAAUUCUUUCCACUACGGCGCCCGCUUUCCAUGGCUACUUCCAGGUCAUAUGACAUCUAACAAUAAAAGAUGUUUCCCGCCACGUUUCUGAGCGGGGAGCAUUGCAAAACCUAGUAAGAGGUAACUGUGCACUGUUACCUUGUUGUUCGAUACAGCUUGGAGUAUAUCAUAGUUUCCCACUGUCUUCGGCUUUCUAUAGAUUUAAAUGUCAGAGCUUCGUUUGCCAUGCCCUGUCACGUGUUUUUCUUGUCUUAGAUUCAGUUCAUGCAACUUUUGAUGUCGAUGCCAUAGGUAGUGCAACGCUACGAGUACCUCGAUCACAAGCACUAGCGCGAUUCAAAUUUCCGGCAACAUGACAAAAGACGAACGGUGCUGAUAAAUCGCGACACUGCAGCCUGAAUAACAUUUAACAGCAGAAAAUCCAACUUAUACAAAGGGAUAGAUAAAUUCAAAGAUGGUAUGGUAAUUUCUCGACCGACAACUCAAAGGUGCAAUUCUGUACGAAUCAAGUAUCUUAUCAGUUGUUUUUUACCGCGGAGCAUGCGUUGUCUCAAAUUUAAAUAUUGUUGUUUUCCUCAGUAAUAUAUUAUGUUGUUUCGAAUAAUCGUUGUGUCGAAUAAUUUCCGUAGAACGGCUGUUCUGAAAAACACACCAAUUGUAAACUAAAGCUACAAAGCAAAGAAUUGCACUAAAAAAAAUUUGAGGGCGUACCUGUGCUUAAAUUUCUCCAGAGGCUUGCUUUAGAUUUUCCGUAAAAGUCGUUCGUGGUCUUCUAGCGCAUGUAACGCCCUCAAUUUUUUUCAGUAGAAUCCUUAGGAGUGAAGCUUUAGUUUACAAUUGAUAUUUUUUUCAAAACAGCCGUUCUACGGAAAUUAUUCGACAUUAGAUUUUCAUACAAACAUUGUAAUUUUUCACGCGUUUGCCUACUCGUCAAGAUGGCGUCGAAAACCGAGAGAAAAAAUCAUUUUUCUCUCUCCCCGCCGCGUGUCGCCUUUUCUCGCGUGGGUUGAUUUUCACGCGCGCUCGCGUUUCGCUCGCUCUACUAUCCCUGAGGAAAAAUGGGGGACUACUCGUAGUCUACGAAAACCGUGACAAGGUCUAUUAGAGAUUUUUUUUUCCCUUUGCAGGAAAUUCACCCGACAAAGGAAAUCUCAUUAACCUUCACAACAAAACAAUGUCCAUGAUGCAGAAUUUUAUAGAAAUGGAGGAAAGACUACAAAACUUGACAACAGAAUUGCGAAAGAUAAAGGAGGAAUACGCGAGCACCAUAACAAAUCAGCGACACAAGCGGAGUGAUGAUCAUGAUAAUGAGGACGAUAACCGACCGCUCUUUAACUUUUUUAAAAAUGGGAAGAGUAAAAAUACAGAAACGAUACUUUAGGAUUUAAUUUUGCAGAAAACGUAUUCUUUUAACAGGGGCACCCAACGUCAAUUUUCGGAAAAUAUCUGUUCGGAAGACGAUUUGAGAUCUAGAAUUUUCGGAACAUUUAUUGUAAUAUGUCUUGCUUGCCUGCCUCUCCUAGGAUUUUCGAACGUCUAAAAAAUGCUAUAAUUGCCCAUUUUAACGGAUUUUUACCCUAAAAAGGUCACCUAGAAUUUUCGGGAGCCUUUUUUCUUGCUGAAAUUUUCGAAAAGGUAAGUUUUAAUCCCUAUAAUUUUCGGAUCACUAGGCUUUCAGCUAGGAAAUCCGAACAGAUGAAAAAUGUUUGGGGAUAAAAAUAUGCCUAUAUCUACCGUUUAAAUACUAAAAUACGUUGAACAAUGCUAUGUUUAAGUGGUUUUGAACUAUAUUCUCGUUGGGUGCCCCCGAAAAAUGCAGGCAAAAAGCGAGUAUUAUCCUCCUCAUCUGGGAUUGUCAGUCACUAUCUGUCUUUUCCAGCCGUUUAGCUGUAUCCUGAUCGCGAUGCUAGAUUUGUCGCUGAUACGCAUAUCACUUUGUGGCUUCAAUGAGGAUUCGAGGAAACUAACUCUUCCAACUAAAUAAAUGUCCGGCUGAACAGCAAAGGAAACUGAAGAAUACCUUUUUUAUUUUUAUGGUAAGGCGGUUAACCUGAUUGAAGAUUUGCCUGAAACAAGAAUGGUCAUGAGCCCUGGCCUAUAAAACAGUUCUAUUCGGGUAUGAACUUGUGUAUUCAAAACAUGCCAGUCUGAUCUUAUAGGUCUUACAAGCCAGUGUAUGUUUUUAUUUGUUUUUGUUUGUUUGUUUUUUUCAAUAGAGACCUUAAGCAACGACGACGACCACAACGACAACUUCAAAAAACAACAGGUUUAAGGAUGAAAAACAACAGCUUUGCACGUACAUCACGCUUUUUAGUACAUUUCUUUGACGUCAACUGCAGGACUACGACGUGAAACCACCUACUUUGACGUUUUAUGCAGGACGUGGACAUACGACGACGGGUUUUCCUUCCUCUUUUUGAACCUGAACAAAAUCCUUAAGAAUUCAACUCCAGGAAAAGUCGCCUACGUUUGACAUAUUGAGCGGGUCCAAAUAGACGCGAUAAAGUUUGAAAAUACGCAAAUUCAUUUUUUUAGCGACGUUUUCACCGUCGUCGUCGUCGUCAUUGCUUAAGGUCCCUAAUUAUCUCGUGAGAACAGCAGAUCAAGUUUGAAUUGGGUUAAGGUUUCCUUAAAUUUGAACCCUCGGCCUUGUACCUUGUCCCGCUGUGUUUAUGCCUCCGCAGUUUACGUAAACCAGCUUUAAAGCACUGAAAAUAACCCUGUAAUUUACUAUUUAUCGUCCAACUUUAAAUAUUACUAUAUUAUACCCAAUGUUGUAUUUUCUUAGUGAAAUUACUGGAAAGCAUACUUUUUAUGAACUACUAUAUAUCAGAUACUCUGGGUACCAGAGGUUUUUCUCGCGUGCGGUGGGAAUUUUCGGUGUUGGCCGAAGGCCGACACGUCUUCGGCCGUAGGCCGAAGCCACGAGCGGCGAAGCGGGUCACUAUAAAGACUUGACAGAAACCGGAAACCGCGCUAGAAAAGUCUCUGGCACCCAGGGUAUAUAUCAGAUACAUCGUGACUAGAAUUAGGCAAUAUCAAUUUGUCAAAAUAAGCUGUAACCAAAAAAAAUUUCAUAAACUACGAUAGGAAAAAAUUACGUAUAGCAUUCUGAAAAAAAUCCCAAUAACUUUUGACCUGUUUUUGUUGUUUAUACAAAGUACAGUAAACCAACGAGAAAUAAAUGUAAAGCAAAACAUUGAACUUAAUUAGCUAAAGGUCAGUUCGAGUAUAGGCGAAUUCUUGCUGAGGUCAUCGUUUUUUUACAUUUUGCUUAUUAGUACACGGGUUGACCAACACAAGACGUCGCUGUAUACAAAAACUAAGUUCAAAAGAGCUGGUCAAUUUGAGCAAUUUGUGCAAGUUUCAGCUCGUUGCCAAGCAAGGAACUAGCAGAAAUCAAUCAAAGUAGACCUAUGGUGAACACGUGGAUAAAGUAAAUUAUGUAGAGAU